AUGCUUCGGUAUGUAGCACACAAUUUUACGAUGGACAACGUUAAUAUACCAAACUUUUGGAGCUUUCCUUGGCUGAAUUCGGUACAUUUGUUAAAUCUCAGAAACAUCUCCUCUUCGUUAAAAAUCGAAUUUCCAGAAUCGCUUGUGGUGGAAAACGCAAAUAUUGAAAAUGUGCAACUUGCAUCAGGUUUUCUGCCAAACAUGGGUGUUCUGAUUGAUUUAUCCUAUUCAAGCUAUUUUCACAUUCAAGAUCCACCUUCUGAUUCUUCAUUGCAAGUCUACUCUUCUGCUAAAGCUUCCUUUUAUGGAGAGAUAUACAGGGCUGCUGAGGUGCACAUGCCAGCUUUAGAAUUUGUUCAAGCUCGGUUGUGGCAGCCAACUACUUCUCGGCAUAUUCGGCUCCAAAACUUGAGUAUAUCCAAGAAAAAUUCGAAAUUACUAGCAACGAAAAUCUACGGUCAGUAUCUCUACCACUUCUGCAACGUGUUGCAUGAUUGGCGCAUAGCGAGAGAAAACAGAAACUUGCAGAAUAUUUCUAUGCCAGCCCUAAUACGUGUCGAUAAAGGUCUAGAGAUCUCGGGUAGCAAAAACUUGAUGCAUUUUAGCAGAAAUUUGUGGUCGACUGGCUGUGAUCAAUGGCACUUUCAUAAAAGUUUAUCUCCUUCGCUUCCUGGCGCGAUGAGAAAUGGUACUUGGAAUUGUAGUCGCAUACCAUCAGAGCUUGAAUCCAUCGGUACUCCUGGGGGAAGUCUUGCAUGCCUUGAUGUCAGCUCCAGGAUGCAAUAUGCACCAGUCUUGGAAAAGAUUGGCUCGAAACAUGGCUUUUCGUCUAUCUUCGUCGCUCCCAUAAUAUUUGGAAUUCUGUUAGCUAUCUGCAUUAUGAUAUCCGUCAAGAACUGUAUGAGAUCGGUUUUCGUUUUCGAAUCCACGAAACCGAUGUUAUUCAAUAUUCUAUCCAGUCAUCGUACCAGGAUUGAAAACAUGCCCGAGCUCAUGACGGUGGAUCGACCGGUUGAAUUAUCAGACCCAUGGCAAGAGAUUCAUGAGCUCGAGGCCACGGAGUACCACGAUUUAGAUUCAUUGCCCAUAAAUCCGACGUCGAUGGACACGAGCUACUCAGUAACUCCAGAAUCCAUGUUUGAAUGA